AUGUCGACAACCCGGGCUGCUUUCUCGAGAGACCCACUGCCAUUGGAGGGGAUUACCGUCGUCGGCCUUGAACAUGCUAUCGCCGCGCCAUUCUGCACCCGUCAGCUGGCGGACAUGGGUGCUCGAGUCAUCAAAAUCGAGCGGCCUGGAGUUGGCGAUUUCGCCAGGGCCUACGACACUCGCGUCAAUGGAAUGGCCUCGCACUUUGUCUGGGCGAAUCGCUCAAAAGAGAGUCUAGCCUUAGACCUCAAGAAACCCAAAGACUUUGAGGUACUGAAGAGACUCCUUGCCAAGUCAGACGUCUUGGUCCAGAACUUGGCACCUGGCGCCACGGAAAGGCUAGGCCUUGGAUACAACACCCUGAAAGAUACCCAUCCAUCUCUGAUUGUCUGUGAUAUCUCAGGAUACGGUUCAGAUGGGCCCUACAGAGACAAGAAAGCGUACGACCUUCUCGUGCAGAGCGAAGCAGGCUUUCUCUCCAUCACGGGGAACGGUGCGGACCCAGCGAAAGCAGGAAUCUCGAUUGCUGACAUCUCUGCCGGCAUGUAUGCCUAUUCCAACAUCCUCGCCGCAAUAAUCAAGCGCGGCAAAACGGGCAAAGGCUCCCGGAUAGAUAUUUCAAUGCUCGAAAGCAUGGUCGAGUGGAUGAACUUCCCGCUCUACUAUACUUACGAUGGAGCUCCCGGUCUCGCUCGGUCUGGAGCAGCUCAUGCUUCCAUAUACCCCUACGGACCCUUCGAGACGGGAGGCGGUGGAUCUGUCAUGCUCGGUGUGCAGAAUGAGAGAGAGUGGGAAAACCUUUGCAAAAUCGCUCUUGACGAUGAAGCGUUGGCAAAAGAUCUGCGUUUCGUGAGCAACACGCUUCGUGUAAAGAACCGAGAUGAGUUGAAGGAAAUCAUCUCCAAACGGUUUGCAAAGCUCUCGGCUGAGGAGGUUCUCCAAAAGCUAGAUUCCGCAUCUAUUGCCAACGCGAAUGUCAAUGACAUGCAGGGUGUAUGGGAGCACCUACAGCUGCGAGCUAGAGAUAGAUGGGCUGAUGUCGAGACACCAAACGGCAGAAUUCCUGCUCUCAUCCCACCUGGCUUUGCUUCGGUGGAAGUGUCAAGAAUGGAUAGAGUGCCUGAGCUGGGCGAGCAUAACAAGGCCAUUUUUAAAGAGCUCGGAGUUGAGUCAUGAUUGGCCUGAUGAAUUGCUGCGAGUACAUGUAUCAUUAACUUUACCUUCAUACAUAUAACAAUACCUCAAUGUUAGACAUUGACCAAACA